AUGAACGCCCUCAGUGAACUCCCUGUGGGAGAGGCCUUUCUUUAUUGGAUACCGUCACUCUUCAUUGUGUUAACUAUGGUUGUGGUCUUGUGUGCGUCUUUUUGGCGAUUUCAUAGGAAGAAAAUGAUGAAAAGAGUCCUCCAAUAUGAUUACAUAGAAGCUAAUCUGGAUGUUAAGAGGCCACGAAUAGGGGCUAUUCAUUGCUUCUCGCAUGAAGCGCGUAUCAGUGACUUGACCAUGUCGUUAUCUUCAGGUGACCUACCCUGGGGACGGUCCCCUAGGCAGUUUUACAAUCGGCAAUUCAGUCGCUCUGUCAGCAAUCCAGGAUUUGAUCUGUAUGGUAACCCACUAGGUGUGCUGAGUGAAGAAGCUGAAGGACGACAUUUACUGAGGCGCGAGACGGAGCCGGCCUGGUAUUCCAAUAAUUCUGACGACCAGAGUAAUGACAACCCUGUCAAAACAACUGUCCUCAACUCUUACUAUGAAGACUGUGGACUUCCUGUUCCGAGUGCGAAACCCCGCAAGAAGGCGCCGGUAACAAGGAGUCGGUCACGAGGUGGUCUCGCUUCUACCAUUAUGGGACAUUCGGCAUUUGACAGUGAUAGUAGUACGCAAUCUGAACUUUAUAACAGAAUGGAAACCAUAGUGCACUCACCUAGACGUUUACCAGACAUGGAGAAUAGCUAUUGGAGGUCGGUCGAUCCCAAAACGGUGGCGUCCUUGGGUAACCAACCAAGUCCAAUUUCAGUUAACCCUGAUGGCCCAAGAAGUCUUUCACAGCAAUACGAAUAUGAUCUUUACGUCGCAGAACAACACCAUGAGAAAAAAAAGAAGAAGAAAUCGAAGAAAUUCAAGGAAUUAGCCCUUAAAGUGAUAACAAAUAAUAAAGACGAUAGCAUCGAAGCUUCAACUAAAAAGUCGAAGAAGAAAAAGAAAAAAGGUCACAAGAAAAAGACACGUAAUGUGGAAAUCCCUGAUGUGACGUAUCGUAUCCAACUUAACGAUCCGAACCGGGAACGCAUAUUCUGGCUAACUCCUGAUGAUGUGCCACAAUCAACCGUGUAA